CCAGUUUACCAAACCUGAUCAAUUGAAUCGUUUAAUUGUAAAAUCACCUGGAGAAAUGUUGAAUAUUCGCUGUGCAGCUGAUGGGAAUCCAGAGCCAAGCAUAGCAUGGACCAAAGAUUCGAAUGACAUUCAUCGAAUCGACGAAGUAAAAACACGCGGAUGGACAUUGAUUCUGAAAAAACUGUCGUCAGAUGAUUCUGGACAUUACACGUGUGAACUAUGCAACAUCCAUGGUUGCAUAAGUCACACGACCCACGUACUAGUCGAGGGAGACGAAAUAGUUGCUAAUAAACAUUCGAACAAGUCGAAUCAACGACCGCGUUUUUCUAAACCCGAGCAAUUGAAUCAGAAGAUCUUGAAGCCAUCUGGACACAUGUUAAAUAUUCGCUGCGCAGCUACUGGUGAUCCAGAGCCAAUCAUAACAUGGACCAAAGAUUCUGAUGUCAUCGAUCGGAUUGGCGAAGUGAAAACACGCGGAUGGACAUUGGUUUUGAAAGAUUUGUCGUCGGAUGAUUCUGGAGAUUACACGUGUGAACUAUGCAACAUGCACGGAUGCAUCAGUCACACGACCCACGUACUAGUCGAGGGAGACGAAAUAGUUGCUAAUAAACCGAAUCGACCACCACGUUUUUCUCAACCCGAGCAAUUGAAUCAGAAGAUCUUAAAGCCAUCUGGGCACAUGUUAAAUAUUCGUUGCGCAGCCACUGGUUAUCCAGAGCCAAUCAUAACAUGGACCAAAGAUUCUGAUGUCAUCGAUCGGAUUGGCGAAGUGGAAACACUCAGAUGGACAUUGAUUUUGAAAAAUUUGUCGUCAGAUGAUUCUGGACAUUACACAUGUGAGCUGUGCAACAUCCAUGGAUGCAUAAGUCACACGACACAGCUUCUUGUCGAAGAAGUUAAAUCUACUCCGAUCAAUGGCAAAAAUAGCACAUUCUGGUUGCUCGUCUUGGUGACAGUAUUAGUCGCUUCUAUUUGUUUGGUAAUCAUAUUAAAGAAACCAUUUCAUCAAUGGCCAUUCCGGAUAAUCAGGAGCCUUCUACGUAUCAAUUCACGAGACGAGUCUGAUUUUACUUGGGAAAUUCCAAGAGAUCGUGUCACACUAGCAAAUGUUAUCGGUACAGCGCGUGAGAUCGACAUAAUGAAAAAUAUUGGCAAACACAAAAACAUUGUCAACUUACUGGGUUGCUGUACUCAUGACGGCGGUCCACCUUACGCCAUCAUUGAAUAUGCACAUAAAGGCAACCUAAGCAGUUUCCUUCGGGAGAACAGACGUUUAACUCUGAAACAAUUAAUUUCAUUUGCAAAUCAAGUGGCCCGUGGCAUGGAGCAUCUGGCAUCUAUCAAUUGCAUUCAUCGCGACUUAGCUGCGCGUAAUGUACUAGUUUUCCGCAAUAACAUUGUGAAGAUAGCUGACUUUGGUUUAGCAAGAUAUGGGCGUCGACAAGGUGCUAUAGAACUGCUACCAAUCGGUGAACAAAUACCAUUCCGGUUGACGGCGCCCGAAGCUCUGAUGACAUUUUUUAUAAUACACGAAAGCAGCACGGAUGUUUGGUCUUAUGGAGUGUUACUGUGGGAAAUAAUGUCACUCGGUGCGGUCCCAUACCCCGAAUUCGAUUCAAAGGAGACACUUUACAAUUAUUUGGAAGAUGGAAAUCGACUGGAUAAGCCUCCUGGCUGUCCAAGGCGAUUAUAUAAAUUGAUGCAACAGUGCUGGAAGUGGCAGCCACAAGAACGACCAUUGUUCGAAGAGAUACGCUGUUGACGAUAUUUCUGUGCAGAAACGGUUGGAUUAAGAAUUGUUGGGAAACAAUUUCUGAACACGUUUAAGUUUGUUAGAAAUGAACAUUCCUUAAGUACUUAGCAGGGGAGUUGUGAGAAACGUUCAUAAUUAAUAGACAUUAGUAAACACAAAAAUUUUGA